AUGAUGUCCCUGGGUGUCAGUAAAGGACGUGUCAUUCCAUCCACUGAUGAAGACCGCAGGAGGAUCAUUAAGCAGAUGAAGGUUCGCACCACCCUGAAAGGAGAUAAGAGCUGGAUCCACCACCAUAACUCGGACUCUGAGGAUGAGAACAAGAGCAGCCCGCUGUCUGGACGGGCCGGUGGGGAAUCCCCAGCCUCAACGCCUAGUGCUCCCCAGAGUGACAGGUCUCCUGCCUCCAAGCCUCAAUCCGGUUACCUCAUCAGAGGGGUGUUCACAAGAACCAUCGAUAAGACCUCUUCUGUGCCAGAUUCCUCAUCUUCUAAUGAAGCACAAAAAAGCACUGCCGCGAAGGGACACAGCCUGUGCCGUUCUUCCUCUGGCUACAGGAUGACCACUGAGGAUUACAAGAAACUAGCUCCAUAUAAUGUCAAGCAAAAAUCAGUGGACUUGGAUGAGAAGGAUGUGCCUUUUACUCCAGAUGAACGUAAAAAGAGGACAGAGGCAGCCAACAGUGUCCUGAGAUGCACUGCCAGCAGAGAACGUGCUUACGUCCUCUCGGCGGCCAAGAAAAGCAAUGGCAGCCCAACACAAGAAUUUCCACCCUUGUUCGCCAAGAGAAUUGAGAUAGAAGAAGAGGAAGGACAGCAGAGGAGUCCAACUGUGUCUGGCUCAUGCAGGUUUACACCAGAUGACAACAGUACUAAUGGGCUAAGAAAAACCACCGCUGGGUCUUCCUGGAAUGAGCCAAAGACAACAGCAGUGUCUCCCUCCAGCCCUGAAACAAGCAGUAAGAGCCAACCAACCACAUCCUUGAGUGAAACUUCAGAGACAACCUCCACUUCUACUGAAAUCAGAAAUGGUGAAAACAGACGGGCCCCUAAUGGGAAAUCCUCAUCUGAAACUGUGUCACAGCAUGGGAACGGUGACAAACCUCUGAAGGAAAAGUCUGAGCCGUUCCCAUGGGAUGAACUGGCCCCCAGAGCAACCGUGGCUUCCACGAAUGGAAGUUAUCCUGAACAUGCAGAAGCCAGCAAUGGAUUCUACCCACCAAAGUCCAACUCUGGUUGCAGGGACGGACCUGCAGAUGCUACAGACAAGCUGCACCAUCAGUACGAGACCUCUCGCUACCCAGAUGAUGCAAAGUCUGAACCUGCAAGGUCAGGGCCUGGUGCUGGUACUCACAGUGCUGCUCGCAGAGGGUCUAGCUUGCAGUCUGAUGUCCCUUCUCCUCCUACUGAGAGUGCCCCUGUGCAUGUGGAGGGGACAGAAUAUUCCUUUAAAGGAUCUGUCCUGGGCUACGAGGAGAGAAGCAGCACCCGAGAGAGCAGAUACACGAGUCCCGAGGUCCCAGCAUACAGCAAGCCUUGCAGGAAUGAAGUGACGUCUUCCCAAGAUUUCAAAGAGGGGAACACCCCUAGAGAAAGGGGGCACGAGAGCACGCGGGCCUCAGAUGACUAUAAACCAGAGCUGAUCCAAGAAGGGUUUUUGGACUCAAACAACCAUACUGAGAAGGGACAAGAACCUCCUGACCAUGAUGUCCACCCAGAGACUCCCAGGUCGAAGGAACAUACUGAACAUGAACUCAGCAUGACUAGGUCCAUGCCGUGCUCCAAGGACAGCGCUAGUGGGAGCAUGGACAUUAACAAGGGGAUACCGCCCUGUGUGCAGAGUGAAGAAGUCACUUCAAGAAGGCCCAGUGCUCUACCUAGAGAAAGCAGCAUCACUCCUCCAGAGACCCAAUGUGCAAAUGAAUCUGACCCAUGCCGGGAAAGGAUCACUCCGGCUUAUGAAGAACAAACCUGCCCCACCACAGAAAGUCACCAUGAGAGCCCAGGAGACUGGAGAGACAAAGAGCCUAACCCAGUGGGAGCCAGCAGGUCUAACUUCAGCUCAAAAGAGAGUGCUCUCAGUGCAUAUGAGACCCAGCAUCCCAUGCCACUGUACGUGGACCGCCAGCCUUUUAACACCAGCGUGUCAGCACCCAGUCACAGGAUACCAUCCUAUGUAGACAGCCAAGUAUUCAGCACCAGAAGACCUACCCCAGAUUACGAAGGGCGAGUUUAUGAUGGGAGAAGCAGCCCUAGGAACAGCAGAUAUGACAGCGCUAGUGCCAGGGGGCACUGUGAAUUUAACCCCACAGCCGGACGCCACGACUCCUUUCCCAGAGAUACCACCAUGUCCAUUUCCCAGAGAAGCCACAGGGUGCCAUUCUACAUGGACAGCUUAAACUAUAACAGCACCAGGCUUCUCUCAAGUUCGAGUGAGAGGAUCUGCAGUCCGAUUGCCACCUUACCACACAACAGCCCAGCGGCCUCUGGGUGCCAGCCCGAUUCCAGCAUUGCCGGAAAAGGGGUCCUCUUUGUGAAGGAGUACGUGAACAGCAGCGAGUUAUCGGCCUCCCCACGCUAUGGCAGUGGCAGCCUUGUGGAUUUGACCGACUUGGAGAGAGCAGCCUACAGCCACCACAGCUACCUGUCCAGCGCUCCCCUGCAGAGGUCCAGUGAACCUGCUUGCAGUUACUGCAGCCGUGAGAUCCGAGACUGCCCUAAGAUCAUAAUAGAGCAUCUUAACAUCUGCUGCCACGAAUACUGUUUCAGGUGUGGAAUUUGCCACAAAGCAAUGGGAGAUCUUCUGGAUAAAAUAUUCAUCCACCGGGACAUUGUCCACUGUGACAAGUGCUACGAGAAACUCUUCUAGGGUUUUGCAAAGCUGGAGAAGGCAGCCAGUGGAAAGUCCUCAGCAGCACGUAUCAGAAUAUAUCUAGCAGUUCCUGACUGGCUAAGAUAGCAGAAUUCCUGCUUCCCCCCUUUCCUCAGGUUAUUUUCCCUCUCGCUGCCUCAUCACAAUGAACGAGUUUAACAUCCGCUAGUUUAUGCUGUCAGCUGCGUACAAGACAAGUGCCAAUGUUAACAAGAUAGGGCAGUGUCAUCUACGGAGAUAAGUGGGCUGAUUUUCCAAAGGUGCUGAGCCCCUCCGCCUGUCUUUAACUUCAUUAAGAUUCCAGAGUGCUCCCUGUGUUGGAAGUCAGGCAGAGCUCCUUAGGUCUGUCUAAGCUAAUUGCGAGAAACCUUUUCCGAUUUUUUUAUUUUCUUU